CUCUACACCGCCACCCUGGCUGGCUGGCACUGUGCUGCCAAUUUUUGCACCACUGUCUCUCUGUUUCCCGUCAACGCCCCAUUAUUUAAACCGAGAAUCUCCGCAUUGCUCACAGGAAUUGUUUCUCUCUCUCUCUCUCUCUCUCUCUCUCUCUCUCUCUCUCUCUCUCUCUCUCUCUCUUCCUUCCUUUUGAAAAGCGCGCAUAUAAAAUAUUGGGAUAAAACGACACCGGUUAAUUAGUCGACCAUUUCCACACGCAUUUACACGUUUGGCCGUUUCAAACAAAUACAUAUUCUUCUCUCUCAAAACCAUAACAUUUUUUCCAUUCGUUUCUUCCGUGUUUCUCCAUCGUCGCUCAUUUUGAUUGGCCGUAUUUUUUUUUUUUUUUUGAAUUAAUUAAUUUGUGCGCACUCGAUUUCCCGCUCGAGAUCUCUCCUUUACGUUAUGUGAGGGAGUAGAAAAGGGGAGAAAAGAAAAAACGAAGUAAACGAAGCGGAAUAGAAGGUCAUGGCGGGUAGAGUGGAUCACGAGUACGAUUACCUGUUCAAGAUCGUGUUGAUCGGUGACUCAGGAGUUGGAAAAUCCAACAUUCUCUCCCGUUUCACCAGAAACGAGUUCUGUUUGGAGUCCAAAUCGACGAUCGGAGUCGAGUUUGCCACCAAAACGCUUCAGAUAGAAGGAAAAACGGUGAAAGCCCAGAUUUGGGACACUGCUGGGCAAGAAAGGUACAGAGCAAUCACGAGCGCCUAUUACAGAGGUGCUGUCGGUGCUCUCCUUGUUUACGACAUAACCAAAAAGCAGACAUUCGACAAUGUCAAUAGAUGGCUCCGUGAGCUGAGAGAGCACGCGGAUUCCAACAUUGUUAUUAUGAUGACUGGAAACAAAUCCGAUCUCAACCAUCUCAGAGCAGUUGCGGACCAAGACGGUCAAAAUCUGGCAGAGAAAGAAGGGCUCUCUUUCCUCGAGACAUCAGCACUCGAGGCGCUGAAUGUCGAAAGGGCAUUUCAGACAAUUUUGACGGAAAUAUACCACAUUGUUAGCAAGAAGGCAUUGGCCGCACAAGAAGCUGCUUCCGCAGCGGCACUUCCUGGUCAGGGUACAACAAUUAAUGUUAACGAUCCAUCGGGAAAUGACAAGAGAGGCUGCUGUUCUACUUGAAAAAGAAAAAAAAAAAAACUUAAAAGGGAUUGUGUCGAUUGGUGCUGCAAACAAAAAAACCAACUUCUCGUUCUGUUUUUCACUCGUUUUAUAUAUUUCCUUUUUUUUUUGUAGAAUACUUUCUUUACUUUCGUGUGGUGACUAAAAAAGCGCUGGAGAAGUUCGAUAAACGGUUUUAGUUUUUAGGGUCCACGUUCUCUGCUAGAAUGAGUUUUACUCCUAAUUUUGUCGGGUUUAUUUUUCUGUAAAUGACACUGAUAUUGGUGAUGUUUAAAGGUUACUUGGUUCUAUCUUUAUUUCGGAUUAUGUCUUGUGGUUUUACCCUUUCUUUUAAUAAAGAAGCUUGUAAUGUUUUUCG